CAUGACACCGUCCCCCAUUGAGGUUCGACCGCACACCUGCGUGUGCGCCACCAACACAAUUCACAUUCAGUUAGCCGGCGACACUCGAGCGAGACGGUCGUCAAGUUCGCAACAAAAACAAACAUAAAAUAAAAAAAUAUAUCGUUAACAAAAAUCCGUUUGGAAUAAAAGUGCUAGUGUAUUUUUUUAAAUUGAAAAAGUGUUUUUUAUAGUGUACAACAGUUUUUUGAGAAGUGAAGUGUAGAAAUUAAUUUUUGGAAAAGCUUUAAAAAGCUUGUUUUUGCAACCAAACAACCAAAGAAUGCCAUAAGAACGAAAAAUGGCAGCAAAAACAAAAACGAUCCUACUGCUAAUAGUAACAAACUUCAUAUUAGCACAAACACAACUGACAUCAGAAGAAAUUAAAACAAUAAAAGACAGUGAAGAAAUUACUGAUGACACUACUACUGUAUUAGAAGAAGACGAUGGUAGAACUACGACAGAGUUUAGCGUAACUCCAGAGGAUGGGAAGGAGAAAGAGGAAGAACAAGAGAGUGCUGAGACGGCGACAGAGGAAACCAGUGUAGAUGUCACUGCACCAAGUUCUUCCAAUGUGGUCGAUGAUGUUGGAACUAUUGCUUCGAAUUUAAGUAAUAAUAUUGAGACGGUUACUAAGACUGAAACGGUGUCUAUGACGGCCACAACGAGGGCUAUGGAGGAGGAACCGUCUCCGAAGAUGCAGGAGACUGAGGAAGAUGACUCGCCUGGCCAGAGGAACCCUAAGGCAGAUAAUGACCCAAAACCUCCACUAGACAAGAGAACCUUCGAGAACCAGCCUCCUUACAAGCCGCAGACCACUCGCUCCGUGGUCAGGAGUUGGCUGCAAGACUGCUGCGUCAGACCACCAGCCGGCAUCAUGGUGCCUUUGAGAGCAGCUGCCCUGGCCAGGGCGUUAGCUGUAUGGAGCGACCUGACUGUACCAGCGCUGAAUUUAAGCCAUGUGCUGGUAAUGGGAUAUGAUUCUAAUGGAGUCAACUGGAGAUCAAGGCACAACCUUCAACCAUCCAGUUCCUCUAGCGAGAAGACUGUUGCAGAGGCACUGUCUAAGUUAUUGCUUAAGUAUCAGGGUGUGAACACAGACACAACGAAUGACGGCACAAUGAGAGCUUUGGCGACGGCAGCCAAGCUGGUACCUUAUGACAGCGCGCUCUUCAUCAUCACCGACAAGGGACCUGGAGAUCCUCAGAGACUACCACUAGCUUUGAGGGCGCUGGUCGAAAAGCGGUUGAAGGUCUACACCAUAUGGACAGAUCCAGCUCAUCCAUCACCCCAGUCCGAAGAAGCACUCCAGGAGUUGAGGAACGUCUCCAAACACACGGAAGGAGAGGUCAUGCCUUACCCACUUCAAGUUAUGAUGGAUGGAUCCGCGAACAUGGCUGCCGAGACUGAGCUGGAACAAUGGAACCCCUCAGACCCUAAGCAGGGGAGACGAGGCAGACUGCAUAAUGACUUGGGGCUGGAGAAAUUUGAUCUGCUGUUGGUACGUCGUGGAGGUGGCCAAGCCAUAUCCCUAGGAGUUCCAGUAGAGAAUGGAGUGACAGCAUUGAGGGUCUUCAUUGAGGGAGCCGUUGAACAUGCUGUCCUAUACCCCCCUAAUGAUGCCCCUCAAAUCGACCUGUACAACACGACAUCAGUGGCCGCCUUCUCCUCAACAUCGAGGACCGAGGGUAUGUCUCCGAGAGACGUCUACCUCAUCUUCCCUGGGACCAAGUAUGAUUUGGACAUGCUAUCAGUCCUACCAGUAAGUCCGAAUAGACCAGACGUGCAAGCUGCCUACGUAGGCAUGUGGCACCUGAGCGUCCGCUGCGAUACCUGCGACUACAGACUCAUGGUGUCUGCCAGGACCCAUAUACACUUCAAUGUGGAGACUGAUACUCCUGAAACCCUCAAGUUCCGUGUGACGGGACCUGUGGCCAGCGUCAGGGAGUCACAGCUAGUGGACGAGUACAGCACAGAGCUGGCCAAACUACCAUUCAGCUACCAACCGUUGACUGGUGAUGGCCAGAAUGAGGAGAUGGAUCCCAUAGUGGAGUUGGUGGCUGACGUGGCACUACCACCUGUGAAGGCAUCCAAAGUCUACGCCAAAAUCGUCGGCAGAGACCUAAGAGGUGAACCAUUCAUCAGGCUAUCAGGACCCUUGAACCAGCCAGAAAUCCGUAUGGGACGCUCAGCAUCCAUGGUCGUCUCCGACUCAUCCAACGAGUUGGAAAAAUUGGAAGAAUUUGAUACCAGGGCAUAUAAUGCUCAACUGCUUUACAACCAGAAUCAAAAUACCCAGCCUUUUAGCAGAGCUAUUUCACAGGUGGUCAAUCAACAAGGAGUAGUGCUAACUGCUGUCCAAAUUGGUCUGGCUAGUAGAUUAUAUGGAGCCCCUGGAGAAAGUUUACAACUUCACUUCGAAGUUACAAACUACAGAGAACAGGCAGUAAGGUUCAAUUUCGGAGCUAGAGGAGAACUGAGGUUUUUGACUGGAAUUAAUCCUACUAGUCAAACCGUCACUCCUGGGCAGACAGUGAACGUGAUAGUGAGCCUGAUUAUAUCACCAUCAGCACAACCAGGAUUGAGAGAUACCAUCACGUUUACAGCAUAUGUCGCAACAGGAGGUGAACAGAUAUCCAUAUCAGCAUACGUCUACGUGGCCAAUUCAGCGGAACCUAUCGACACGUUCGCGCCGGAGAUAUGGCACAACUUCCAAGGGACCUGCCUCGGCAGGACUGGUGACGACUGCGCUCGGCAUACCUGGGCUACCACUGUCACCAGCAGGGAUAGUCAGUCAGGUCUACUCCGCCUCACAUCGUCGCCAGUAGGAAUAAUGUACACAAGUGAUUUCGUCUCCGGGACCAGGCAGGAGGUCACGGCCACAUACAGAGCCAACUGUUGCGCGCCAAGAGUGUUAUUGAACGCUGUGGACGCUUAUGGAAACACAAAUAGCUAUAUUAUUGAUAGUUCCAAUCACACAAAGAGUCGUUCCGUGCGGAAAUCGAACCCGCUACACGUUGCACAGCAGCCAGUUGCCCAGCCACUGCAAGAACCACACGAUCACUUAACAGGAGCAGCGAUAGCAGCUAUAGUCCUCGGAGUACUCCUGGCCAUAGCACUGCUAGCCCUGAUAAUCUUCCUCAUCGUAUGGUGCGUGAGGAAGAGGAAAUCAUCGAGAGAACUACCCUCAUACAACACAUCGAGAAAUUAAAUCGAUAACAUUGCAAAUUUUAGUAUGAAAACACCCUUUGAAGAACCUCUUUCAAUUCCAGAGCUUUUUGGCGCUUAGGACUUAUUUUACAAUGUCUGGAUAGCCGCUAUGUAUCAGAUAACUUUGAAUUAAGAACGUAAUUUGUAUGCACUAUCUGUCAUAGAGGUCUAUCGAGAACUUAAGGUGAGCGUCCACAGACCCGCAUUGUACGCAUCGCACAAAUCAGAUGCAUCACAUUCAACGGAUUAUUUUUUCAGACUGCGUCCACUGUAUCGGCAGCGUUCGGAUUGCCGACGUGAGAAUAGCAAUUGGAUUGCCGAUCCCACUUUUCACUCGGAUUUUUGGCAUCGGCAUCUCGUAUGACGUCAUCGGUACGCAUCGCAUGUAGGCAUUGCUGAUGAGCGGUCCGUACGAUGCGGAUCAGUGGACGCAGUUGUAUGAGUUUCUAUACAAGACAAACUAAAAUCCGUUGCGUGCGAUGUGUACGAUGCGGGCCUGUGGACGCUUAUCCUUUAUAUGAAGGUGGUGAAACAGGCGCUUAAUAUUAUAAAAAAGAUAGUUUUUGA